AUGUCGCUUGCUUUCGCCGCUGAAAAGCAACUAGCCGUCUCUGCGGUCAGAAGGGCAUGCAAUCUCACCUCUUCUGUAUUCAAUCGAUUAGUCAAGUCAGAGACCGUCGUGAAGAAUGAUAAAUCCCCAGUGACCGUAGCAGACUUCUCUGCGCAGGCAGUCAUCAGUUCUAUGCUCGGAAAGGCGUUUCCAGGCGACCCAAUUGUCGGCGAAGAAGAUUCGGCCGAUCUGCGUCUCGAGAGUGGCAAGGAGCUCCUGGAUCGUAUAGUUGCACUCUCCAACGAGGCACUGACUGCAGACCUGGGGCUCGGCGAGAAUGCUGAUUGGGGAAUCGGUCCCGGAAACAACAGGACCGCUGAAGAAAUCAUGGAUGCGAUUGACAGAGGAAACUAUGCCGGAGGCAAGACAGGAAGAAUGUGGACCAUCGAUCCCAUCGACGGCACGAAAGGAUUCCUUAGAGGGGAGCAGUACGCUGUGUGCCUUUCACUGAUCGUUGACGCAAGCGUUCAGCUGGGUGUCAUCGGCUGCCCGAACCUCCCUAUCGACGCUGCAUCUCCCAACUCCCCAAAAGGGUGUAUCUUCGUCGCCGUUCGCGGACAGGGUGCCCAGCAAAUGGCGCUCUCAGGUGCCGACCCACGACCGAUCAGCAUUCCUGCAUUUUCGAUGGAUCAGCUGAAUUUCUUGGAGUCUGUGGAGUCAGCACAUGCGUCCCAUUCAUUCCACGAUCUCGUUGCGCGGAACCUGGCGCUGAAAGCUCCGCCGACGCGUAUGGAUAGUCAGGCGAAAUACUGCGCCUUAGCUCGCGGAGACGGUGGGGUCUAUAUCCGCAUGCUCACGAGCUCUUCCUACAAGGAGAAGAUCUGGGAUCAUGCCCCGGGAUCGGUUUUGGUAGAGGAAGCGGGUGGUGUGAUCAGCGACUUCAAUGGCAAGCCGCUCGAUUUCGGGGCAGGUAGAUCAUUGGGGGACAACUUUGGCAUCCUUGCUACGGGUAAGGACGUGUACCCGAAGGUGCUCGAAGCCGUACAGCGGGCUCUGUCUGAGCGUAAAGCCAACAUAUGA